AUGCGUUUCUCCAUCCUCAAGGCCGCGGUUGCCGCUCUGGCUGUCUGCAAUGACGUCGUGCUUGGCCAGUUUACGCCAGCUCAAGUUGUCAUGAACAUCGAGGUCAUCACGACCAAGUCCCAGGCUCUUAUCGCUCCUGCACAGAACAUCAACCUCAUCAGCGGCGCCUUGCUCAUCAUUGGCCAGGGACCCUUCCCGAAAAUCAUUGCUGGCUUUACCGAUAUCGUCACUACAGCGGGCGUGGCUCUUGUUCAGAUGCGAGGAAUGCCCCCGGUCCCAGCCGGUGCUCAAUCGGACGCCAUCUUCGAGGCGUUCCGCACGUUUGUGAAGGUCCACCAGCAGCUUCUGAACGUCCUCAUCGGCAAGGCCGGUCUCUUCACGACUAUCCCGAUUGUCGGCGAGCCCGUUGCUGUCGUCCUGCGAGCUGUGGAGGACAUCGUUGACACUGUUGCGUUCGCCCUCAUCGACGCUGUCCAGUCCCGGGCUAAGGACUUGGAGGCGGAGUUGGACAGCCUUACUGGCACCAUUCAAACCGCCACCAAGCAGUACAGUGGCAUCCAGCUUUAG